AACCGGGGGAAUGAGUGGGUAAAUUUGUGUGUGUGUGUUUGUCAAGGGGCAGCUGUAAAAGAAAAACAUUAAAGAACAUGCGAACAGACUGCACGGUAGGGAAGGGAUGAGCAUGUGGCCUCCAGUCCAGCAGGAGGAGUAUUUAGGGCAGUGUGUGUGAGAGGCCAUUGAAUUGGUUUUGUGUGUUUAAAUGUAAGCCGCGCGUGUUAUAGUGUUGUCAAAUGUCGACUCUCGAUGUUUAUUGUUGUGUGUGUGACGGGCAAGGGUUAGGGAACCUACGGCCCGAGGACAGAGCUAGCCGGAUCUAGCCUGGAUGCGGGCCAUGUGCUGUGUCCAAUGCAGCAAUGUGAUCACCGAGGCAGUCAUCAAGGCCAGUGCCACCACCAAGUCAGCCUACUGCACAAGGGAAAGUCGCUUCAGGUGCAUUGUGCCGUAUCCACCCAACAGCGACAUCGAACUGGAGCUGCAUGUGUGCGACAUAAUCUACGUGCAGCGCAAGCAGAAGAACCGCUGGUACAAGGGCAAGCAUGCGCGUACUCCCAAAACCGGACUCUUCCCCGCCGCCUUUGUCGAACCGGACCCCUAGGCUGCCUUUCAACAGGACCAACCAGAAUUUAUUAAGCGAAAUUCCAAAUUACUUGUCAACAUUAAUUUAAGUCGCCGGUCGAUUCGGGCUUCCAAUUCGCAAUCUCCUAAUGCUCUUUUUGAAAAAGAAUUAGUUUUGUACUUCUUUUCCGCUCAAAUGCGCAGUUCGACGAUGUACUUUUUAUACAAUCCCUAAUCAAGAUAGGCUAGUUAUUAACUAGGUCCUAAACCCAAUUUACUUAAGAGUAAAAAAUAUAAUAAAGCAACAAAUUAAAUGCAUUUUGUUACGGAACUGCAUAUUCCCUGGGCAAUGCCGGACUAGCUCAGUGGAUGCCCAGGGGGGGUAGGAACCUAUGCCCGCAGUCCGCACAACAAAAUACCGAUUAAUCGGACGUCUCAACAAAACUCCUCACUAACAAAUAACACAUCUCUAACAAAUAAAUGUAAACAAACCAAAAAAAUGACGACUUUUGCGGAAUGGUGGCAUAGAUGGAGUCGCCACGACGCUCCCUCCCAACCUGUGGUGCCUCCGGUGUGUCUAGGGGCACCACCCAUCUCCGGCGGACCGGAGUCUAAUCCAGGCGGCUCGACGGCCGGCCCAUCUCCCCAGGUACUUAAGGCUAACAUUGCACAGUGGUUCGGCUUGUAUGGAGCUGCGGCCAUAAUUACUUCUAGAUGUGCUAUCGCUAUGAAAAUUUCACCAAAAAUCUAGAAAAAUGUUUUAAGUAUAUCCACAAAAAAUUGGCCAUAUUGCUCGACUAUAUCAUAUAGCUACCAUAGAAACAAUCUGUUAAAAAUCAACAUUUAGUAUGAAAAACUUUUUUGUUUUUCAAAAUAUCUUAACCAAUUUUACAGAUUAUAUGUUUGGUACAGGUUUAUAUAUUCCUACCAACUUUGGUUAAAAUCAGAUCUCUAUAUCGUAUAGCUCCCAUACAAAAUUUUUAUUAAAUUAUUUUUUUUCCAAGACCUAACUUUAAUUUUUAAGUUUUUGUUCUCUUAAUGAGAACGUUAGUGAAAUAUAA